UCUCAGAGAUGGCGUGUGUCGGUGCUGCUCGGGCGGCCGGGGCCUAACGUGCACUCAGAGAGGACGCCCCCUCCCCAUCCCCCGAUUUGCUGCAUAUUCCUCGGGUGUCUCCUCUCGCCGUGUCCUCCACCGCCGCCACUGCUGCUUCUGCUCUUCCAAAGCUCUUUACCACCCCACCUCCCUGUGCGGGUGUCUGGGAGUCGGGGGCCCUCGGGGGUGGAGGGGAAUCGUGCUUCGCUGGGGGAGCUGUGCGGAAUUAGCUAUGCCCUACCCGAGCAUCCUUUGACCGGCUGGAUUUCUCCAUUUCUGCGCACCAGGGGGGGGCGCCACGUAGGAUGAAAAGCAGCAGUCAUGAUGCAAGGACUCAAAAACAGAACCAGAAAAGCCCUGGGCUUAAAGAAGAAGGACAGGGAUACGGAUGGAACGAGUUCACCUGACAAAGAAGGAAGUGGAAGCGGGAAAAAAGGAAGUAAAAAAGCCAAUGGAGCACCCAAUGGUUUCUAUGGGGAGAUUGACUGGGACAGAUAUGCCUCUCCUGACGUGGACGACGAGGGCUUUAGCCUCCGGCCCGGGGACGAGGGCGAUGCAGCUUCCAGAGGAAAGCACUUUUUCUCCUCCAGCGACUCGGAGGACGAUGAGGAGAACAAGAAGAAGUUCAAAAUCAGGAUCAAGCCGCUGGUGGCGGACAGUGCCAAGUGUGUCCCCUCGUCUAUGGACGAGCUGAAAGCCUCGGUGGGGGGCCUGGCCCUCUCUCCGUCUCUGAAGAGAAGUCCGAGACGCAGCCCGGGGCAGAUGAAAAGGAAUUUGUCCUGUGAAGAGAUUGCCAGACCCAGACGCUCCACCCCAACACCAAGUCCCGCCCCCGAGACACCGAGUGACAGGCUCUCGCAGAACGUUCCUGCCUUCUUUGGCCCGCCUUCAGAGACCAGAUAUGCCAGAUAUGAUGUGGUCCCUGCAGAUGCGUGGGGAGAAUCGAGACCGCACUCAGAAUCCCCGCUGAGCAGAAGCUUCCCAUCAGGAGCUCCUCCUCCGCUUCCUCCAAAAAACAUUCCAUCCAGAAGUCAUUACGGCUAUUCUUCGGACUCUGCUGCUGAUCUACCCAAUGGCAGGGCAGGUCGCAGUUCUGCCCCCAUCUACCUGAACAUGCUGUCCCCCGCCUCGUACCGCAGCCCCCCGGCCCCCGACCUGGACGACGUGUUCGGCCCGACGGACGGGACCCGCCCCAGCGAGGAAGCGAUGUCUCCCAGAUGGGUUACAUUCACCAGCGACAGACCCCCGCCUCCAGAUGAGCCUGCCCCCCCUCCGCCUCCGGACUCCCCCCCUCCGGACACGCCCUCGUCCACCCCCUCCACCCCUUGCCUCUCUCCAGGACCACCGCCAAACGAGCCCCCUCCUUCGCCUCCCCUCCUCUCUCCCGGGUCUCCUCCUCCUUUCACGCCGCCUGAAUCCCCCCCCUCCAUCAUGCUCAGACCUCCACCCCCAGAUGAGCCGGCCCCUCCCCUGCCUCCCGACUUCUCCCCCUCCACUUCGCCUACGAUGUGUUUCGACGACGAUGCGAUCGACGAGGAGGUGCUGCAGUUUGCAGAGGCAAUUUACUGUUCGUCCCCCGCCCCCACUAGCCCGGUGCCCCCUCUGCCAGCAGAGCGGAGGUCUCCUCGGACAGGAGUCAUAUCCCCGCUGGUCCUAGGGGGCUUUGGGGGGAAGAGGACUCCAGAGGGAGCGUACCUAAGGGAUGAUAUCUCAGACUUUGUAGGUUCUCCCAGGGAGCUGACGCCGAGCUUCAGGGGCACGCCCCCCCCUCUUCCUCCUACCACCUACAGGUCUAUCAUGUCUUCCCCGGGACCCUCCUCAGGCAGCCGCCCCUCGUCCCCCGCUCGUCCCGCCACGCCUCAGUCUCGAGGAAGCCCGGUCCCCCCGCCUCCUCCUCCUCGACCGUCCUCGCGACCAAAGCUGCCCCCGGGGAAGCCAAUCACAGACCUGUCUCGGCCCUUCAGUCCGCCGGUGUCAUGCAGCCCCCCGCCUUUCGCCCCCCUGGCCCGGGCAGAGAGCUCCUCCUCCCUCUCCUCCGUCAACCUACACAGCGCAGCGUCCACUCCAACCUUAGGAAGGGACCUUAACAUGUCCGGCGCAGGAUGCUCCAGAGGACCCAGUCCGCUCACCAUGGGGCCCCAGGACACUCUACCAGUGGCAGCUGCCUUCACAGAAACCAUCAAUGCCUACUUCAAAGGCGCAGACCCCAGCAAAUGUGUUGUGAAGAUCACAGGGGAGAUGGUGCUUUCCUUCCCAGCGGGCAUCACCAGGCAUUUUGCCAGCCACCCGACUCAACCCAUCCUCACAUUCUGCAUCAGCAACUACAGCCGACUGGAGCAGGUCCUCCCCAACCCUCAGCUACUGUGCUGUGAUUCCACAACAGAAAGUGUAGACACCAAGGAAUUCUGGGUGAAUAUGCCAAACCUGAUGAGCCAUCUGAAGAGAGUGGCUGAGCAAAAGCCUCAGGCGACAUACUACAACGUGGACAUGAUCAAAUAUCAGGUGUCUGCAGAGGGAAUCCAGUCCUCUCCUCUGAACCUGGCGGUGAGCUGGCGAGGCGACGCCACCAGCACAGACUUGAGAAUAGACUACAAAUACAACACGGAGGCCAUGGCCGCCCCUGUGCCACUACACAACCUCCAGUUCCUGGUUCCUGUGGACGGAGGCAUGGCCAAACUCCAGGCCAUGAUCCCCCCCGCCACCUGGCUUGUAAGAAAAACAAAGUUAUCUUCACGAAAUAAAGGUAACACAGGGAAUCCAGAGCAGCAGACGAUACAGUGGAAAAUCCCCAGUCUCUCUCACAGAUCAGAAAAUGGAGGAGUAGGGGCUCUCCUGGGCCGGUUCCAGAUGACAGAGGGUCCCUGUAAACCCUCCCAGCUGGCUGUGCAGUUCAGCAGUGAGGGCUGCACUCUGUCGGGCUGCGACAUCCAGCUUCUAGGGACGGGCUACCGGCUCUCGCUGAUCAAGAAGAGAUUUGCUGCAGGGAAAUAUUUGGCGGAUAAUUAGCGGACCUGUUUGGGAACAGAACCAAAAGAAUCAAUGGCAUUUGACUGUGAAGACUAUGGAUCCAUCCCAUGUUUAGUGCAUCUGAAACCUCAUUUUAGGCAACCAUUAAAAUAACUGGUUGUUAUUUUACAGAAUAACAGAACACACACACACAGGAUUAUUUAUUUCAUGACAUCAUCAUUCAGUAGACGGACUCCUGCUGAGUUUAUGCAAGUAAAAACAAAUCAUUCGUUUUGUGCACUAAUGGGCUUAUAUGGAGUAAAACAUUGCAAAACCCUGAUUCUUUGUACUUGUUAACAUAUGUGUGGAUUCAUACAGUGAUCCAGCCUUAUUCAUUGCAGUUUCUGUUGUCAUUGCAAAAUGCACUGUAAAGGAUGAUGUGAGUAUAACGCAAUCUAAAACAAGGUGGAAAAGACAGGAAAAUGUAAAAAAAAUGGUGUAUUAUAGAUUUGCUAUACAGUUGUAUUCCGAUAAGUUGUAGGUUUCAUGGUAAUAUCUGAUAUACACUGCCACCUCAAAUCAGAGUUUUUUUUCCACCAUGAGUGAGAUCUCACCGGCCGUCUAAGCAGAAUUGACGUUUCUGUUUAGACAGCCUUUGAAAUGUCACAGUCCAUUCUAUCAGUCUUGUGAUUGAAGGGGAUUGGUCAGUUCACAGUUCAGAAUGACCCGCAGCGCUGGAUCAGCACUUUUAACCUGAAGGUGCUUUUUAUACGGAAUUAUAUUGGUGCCUCAAUCUGGAGCACAUGAUGGGGAAUUUGAGGACAGUAAAACUUUGUGUGCAAGCAGGUUAAUAUUAUUUUGUAGAGUUUGAGCCAUGCAAAUAAAACAUUUAUUUGAGCAUUGGAAGAAUUAUACUUAUUUUACUUAUCUCCAAUUUAAAUUAAAUGUAAAUGUGAAAAAGUUAUAAUUAAUAUUUUUAUAUUAACACUGUAUCACAUAAUUACAGGCAGCUUUUAUAAGAGUAAAAGCUCAUUCAAACCCAUCGUACAACCUGCCCAGCAACAAACAGAUAGCAUCAUAGUUAGCAAACUGGCUAGAAGACGCCACAGUGACAGUGAUCCUCAGGAGUUGGUAGGAACAAGAAAACAUGAGUUAAAGGCGAGAAAAUAUUGGACUGUCAAACAUCAGGUGACCAAAAACACAACUCCAAAAUGCUAAUGUUACUACUUAUUCGCUGUGUGUGUUUAUCAGGGCUAAUACGCUAAAGUGUUGAUCAAAUCAACUUAAAAGCUGAUUAAAUGUCAGUGUUUCCGAAAGGAACCAGAAAAUCAUCAAAUUGCAGGUUUAACUUAGCUUUUUUUAAGUGACUAUAUUAAUUAUUAUAGUACCAUGGCUGUGUAUCUGACCAUUAUGAAGUUAGCCAGCUAGCUUAGUUAGCUACGGCAUAUCUAGCAGCCUUUUGCUAGCUAGCUACCAAGAUAGCUAGUGUUCUUAAUGACUUACCACCAGUUUCAUUAAAUGUGUGUAUGUAUUGUAUAAAACAUACUUUAUUUGUGACUGCUUUCCAUUCUACAACCAGAUAAGUUUAUUGUUGUGAAUUUUAUUUGGCUCAGCUGAUAACCCUUAAAUAGCUGCUCCUCGUGGCCGACAUCAAUAGGAUGGCCGAUCGAUUUUCCAUUUUUGUAUUCUAAAAGAGAAGUUCAUAACCUGGCUGAGAUGUAGUGAGCUAAGAAGGAAUGCAAUACAAUCCCAUAGUUCUGACCUAACCAAAUGAAAGUGGCAUCACUAUUGUUAAUUUACAAUGAGCCUCCUCAAAUGCUAUUACAUUUUCUGGUAGAAGAAUUGAAUUGCAAUCAUAUUGUCGUAUACUGCAAAAUUCUUCUACACUGGUGCAAACAUAGCUUUCUAGAGUUUUCUUCUUCUUGAAUUUUUUUUAAGUCAAUGAAAGUCAUACUUUAUUAUAGGAAGUUAGGAACUGUUCGUGAUAAUACACAUUUCCUGUUAUUGAACAAUUACUUAUUGACCGGAUUUAUAUUGUGCAUCCCUUAUGAAUACUCUACAAAAUAUCAUUUAUGUGCUUGCAACAAAAAUACCUUAUUUAGUCCCAUCCUGCAUUCAAGAUUGAAGCACUUACUGUAUAUGUAAUGCUACAAUUUUACACAUGCAGCUUUUACCACUGCAACGAUGGCAUUUUGUCUUUAAAGGGUCAUGUGAACAGAAAGUUGAAACUAUCUGCUGAAGAACAAAAAGCAUUACAUAACCACUACGGGCACGUGCAAUGCUGAGAUACAUCAACUUCCUCACACCACAGGACUUUUAAGUGGUAUUUGUUGUUGUGAAUGGUCACAUUGUGUAACAAAAAGGCGAAACAGAAGCUGCUACUUUCACUGGAAGGUUAAUUUUAUUCUGUUAAUGUUACAGAAAAUAUGUUUGAAAAGGGCCUUAAGACGCAUACAGAGCCAGACGUGAGUGCCAUACAGUGGGGAGGAGGAGCUUUAAGUUUCAGGAGAAAUCUAGAAGGGGUUGAAAAGUGUAGGAAUUGCCUUUGAUGCUGCUUAAAAAAGUCAGCCACUUCCUUUGACCACGAUCUUUGAUAGAGGUCUUGACGAGGAAUAUCGGGGACCUCACAGAGUAACAAAAAUAAAUGUCUAUGAAGAGGACAGCACUAUUCAUGUCCCUGUUUCAUUUCCUUCCUUUUCCACCACGUUGAAUACAUGUUUUAUCAUUUUCUAAUAGCAAUAUUUAAGUGUAUAAAGUGUACAUAAAAAGCUAUGUUUCGAAUAUUUCUCUGGGCAUAUGGAUGUGUCUGUGAUCGUCUUUUGGGUUUAUCGAUGUCAGCACUCAUGAUGAAUUCUGUAACAACACCAACACUCAUCUAUUGUUUUACAUGUGGGUUUCUGUACCAAAAAAUACCUGUAACUGUUGAUGAAUAACUCCAAACGGUGCCGCAUGAAAUCUGCAUUCGUUCCAUUCCAGUCUUAUCAAUGCAAUUCCAAUUUAUCCAUUUCACUAAGGUCAUGAUGCGUGUGUUAUUGUAUAAUCGUGCUAUGGGAGGAGACUUUCUGCCUUCACUUAAACAUCCACUCUGUUUUGCUGUUGUUGCACCUUCAAAAAACUCGUCGUCCAUACAUUUGGCAUGUAUUCAUAGAUAAUCCCAUUCCAUGCAUCUGAUGUUCUCCUGUUUGACUUGCACACAAAACACACUCAUCCCAUUAAACAACCCAUGGGCUCAUGUCACAUAUGUGUUUGAACCAUUUUAUACAAUGUUUUCAUGUGUUGACUCACAAUUUGGGCAUAGGUGUAAUAUUUCAUUAUGUCUUAGAAAAAGAAAAAACGAUAUUUAAGUCAUUUAAGAAGGACGGUUUUCAGUGUUUCUGUUUGUUAUGCUUAUAUUUUUCUUUGCCUUAUUUUUCAGAAUACACUUAUUCCUCCGAUGCGUGACGGUUUCUGUACGUUAAUUUUUUCUACAACUUUUAUGGCUGUAUUCCUUUCACUGCAUUAGACACAGAAUAUGCAAACAUGUCAUGUAAAUUUCCCAUCCAAAGAUUUUGAAAGUAAAUAUAUGAAAAAAAAUCAAUAUAAUGUAAUACCUGUUUUACUUGGUAAUAAAGAAGAGGAAAUAUGUGA